CGGCUUUGAGUGCACAAUUCUUUUUCUUCUUCGUCUCUGUGGUGGAAAAAAUUCAUCAUUUUGUGUGCAAAUAACACGAGUAACGUGAACAAUUUAUUAUAAAAAUUUUAAUCCAAAAGAAUCCAUAAAAUCACAAUGUCUGACGAAUCAUUCUAUGGUGUUACUUUAAGCGGCGAAAACAGCUCCGUCGAAUGGGAAGUGUUAUCCAACGAUGAAGAUUAUCCCCGCGGACAAAAACUAAUCAUCAGACAAAUUCUUUUGGGCGCUGAAGCAAAAGAGGAUGAAUUCAAUGUUGUAGAGGUACACACUGUUAAAGACAAUUUGAAGAUCCCCAUUGCUGUUUUGAAGGCCGGUGAAACACGUGCCGUCAAUCCCGACAUUGAAUUCUACGAAACAUCAGCUACAUUCAAAUUGAUCAGAGGCAAUGGCCCAGUUUACAUUCAUGGACAAAAUAUCAAAGACGAAGUUGAGGUAGUCGAUAUGGAUGAUGAUGAAACUGACGAAGAAGAUGAUGGUGAGGAGGAAGAAGAUGAGGCACAACCUAAAAAGAAACAAAAGUUGGAAAACAAUGCCGAAGGCAAAAAUGCCAAAAAUAAGAAGAAAUAAAUUUCUUAACAACACCUAGUACUACCUCUCUUAAAUUAUAUACAUAAUAUACAUAAAGAAAACACAACCGUUAAAAUUUAUAAAACCUCUUCCCCAUAAGUUUCUCUAUGCGUAAUACAUAAUUAAGAAACUAUAUUUAAGACUGCUCUUCCCGCUGCCCAUUUUCCAACUCAACAUUUUUUAAAUCCCACUGUAUACAAUAGCAGAGUAUAAAAAAGGGUUGGUAGGAAGAGCCUUAGUUCCUUGGUUUUUGUUUUUAAUUGUAUGAGUAUUUUUUCCAACAUUUUAUUACCUACUUUUGAGAACUUUAAAAAUUUUUAACAAUUUUUUUUACAUUUUUACAAUAAUUGUACAUUGUAAGUUACAAAAAAUUUCAACAUACUAAAAACUUUUUUUAUAUAGACAAGAACUGCUAGCAAAUACAGUUACUUAAAAAAGUGUUUAACAACUAGAAAACAGCAACAAAUAAAAGAAAAUUAUUCAGGUAAUCUUAAUUAAAACAGAAAAUAAUAAAUCAAUUAAAUUUAAAACAAAAAAAGAUAAAACACUUUGAUUGAUGCAUGUGCUACGGCUGCAUUUUUUAUAUACAAAAAAAAAAGCUAAAAAUUCGAACAUCAACAACAAACAACAUACAUUUUUAUAAAAUGAUAUGUAAACAAAAAUUCUGUUCUUUUCUGUCUUAAAAGAAAACUUACCACUAUAAGCUAAAUAAUUUAACAAACAAAAGAAAUACAAAACAAAAACAUAUUAAAAAUUCCAUUAUAAACAACAAAAAAAACUUUAAAAAAAUUAAAAAAGAACUCCAAAAUAAAUUCUGAAAAAUUAUUUGAAAAAAAA